CGGGGGCCCGCCAAGAGGGCGCCUGCGUACGCCUUCCUCCUUCAGCCCAAGGAGACUACGGCACUACGCCUGCGCAUUUGGAGGAUCCCCUGCCGGCGCAGGCGCCGUGACUUCGCCGGCUGCAGCGGGCGCUUUCUGAGGCGAGAGGCGUUGGGCUGGAGGUGGGGAGCCGCCCUGUGUCCGCGUUAUGUACCAGCGGAGCCGGGCGAUGGCCGGGCGCCUGGGGCCUCGGUGCCCUUGGAGGUGGGGAGGAAGCGGCGGCGGCAGGCUCCGGCUGGGCCAUGGCGACUCGGCACGAUGCUGUUACCGGGCACGGCCGAAGGACCUGGAUGGCUCAUGGGACAAACUACCUCCAGGGCUAGUCUCUUCCGGUUCCAUAGGACCGACAUUCCACUCCCUCUUCCCCAAGAACCCAUCGGAAGUUCCCACCGUCCUGUCUGCACCUCCUGGGGACAACUUUGCCAUUAUCAACAGUACGAAACUGAAGACCAGCCUUUGCCCGCCGAUGCGCUAUCUAGAGACUAGGGUCCUUCCCCACCCUGCUGUGCUUUCCCCACCAGAGGGCAUGGAGGGUGCCAUCACGCUGGUGAAUGGGAGGCAAGAGGAUGACAUUGCGGUGCAAGAGAGCGAAGGGCUGGACGGUGCCUCUUUAGACUCUCUGCACAGCCUUUUCCACGGCUGGCAGUACCGAUCGCCUUACCAGGCUUCAGAGGUAGCACUGGGGCCCCUUGCACCUUUCAGGGCUACUACCGGGACUCCCUCCCCAGUGAGUUCUCCAGAAAGGGAUGACCCCAGCAUGGAAGAGCAUCUUGCAGUCAUGCAUCAGAAACUACGGAAAGAGUUACCAUACUUCUUUUUGAAGACCCACGACUAUGGAAUCUACUCCCAGGAAGUAGAGUUCAUCAAUGAGAUUCUGCAUAUGAGAACACGCGGCCGAACCAUGUACCAGCUGGCGCUGACCUUCUGCCGUUUCUUGGCUUGGAACUACUUUGCCAAUCUGCACAUGGAGGUGCUGAAGGUGACACAGCACCCUGAGAACUGGAGCAUCCAAGCCCGGUGGCGGAUUAAAGGGCUGCCUUUCCAUGUAUUCCUUUUGCGCUUCUACAAGAGGGAUAAGAGUGAGCUGUACAGGACCUAUGAUGCCUAUUCCACUUUCUACUUAGAUUCACAAGGGUUGAUUAAGUGUCACAGGGUAAGCAAGCUCAUGCCAUCCCAGCCUCCCCUGAACAAGUUGAAAAAGCUUGUCGUAGCCUCGUUGUUGGGCCUGGGGCUGUCAGAACAGAAGCCGUCGCUGCUCUUGCUGUCAUCAAUUCUGGCUGGCAAGCAGCAGGAAGCACCACUAGGUUGUAGAGAUAGCUGAAGUCCAGCGCUCUCACUAGUCAUGUCUCUCAGCUCAUUGACAAUAUCUGUGUGUGGCCGGCACGAUGCCACUAGUGGCUCAUUGUGUAUCGGUGUUGCCUCUCUAUAAAUAGCGUGGGCUUUGCCUUCCAUGUGGCUAUGCUGUCAAUUGCACCAGCAAGCGCUGUAUAAAGAUGGUUGUAAUUUAAUCUGUACAUAAUAAAAGGUUUAUGUUGAAAAUAUGUCUGGGCGAAUAAAGUGGGUCCAUCGUGGAAGCACAACUUGCACCUAAACUACUGAUUCAGAACAGAGGCCCCCGAUUCGCAACACCCUUUUCAGCAGCAUGAAAAGGCGGUCCCUGUUUUGGCAGUCUUUCAGGGCACAUGCAGAUGUCUUUCAGAUGCCGAUGGUCACUGCGGAGGAGGCGAAUCACAGCGAUGGGGUUGGUGCUGUGCAUCCUCUCUUAGCAGCACUUUAUAAAGAUCGCCAUGAAAUGAGGAAUGCCUCUAUGGAUCAAAGUGCUUGCUGAGAAGGGACGGAAUCGAGGCAUAUAAUGUGCAAACAAUUUUUCAUAAAGGGUGGCUUGUCUUCGCAAGAGCUUCUUUGCACUGAAAACAGAGCCGCAUGAAAAUUUUGUCCAGCGCCAAUUUAGACUUAUGGUUGAUUUUAUACCGGUAUUGCAUCUUAAAAAUCAUUAUAAGGAUGAUUGUAUUAAUCAAGACAAUUCCUUUGUUGGGCUAGAAAAGUGAUUAGUAUAAAUAUAAGCUGCCAGUUACCUAACUUAGACACAACUUCCAUCAUCCCUGACCAUUGGCCAUGCUGGCUAGAGCUGAUGGGAAGAGAGUCCAACAGCACCUGGCAGGCCACAGCUCAGUCACCCUUGGCUUAAGAGAAACAGAGAAGUAGUUGACACUAUAAAUCAGAGGUUUUCAAUCUUGUUGAGUCCAUGGCUCCCUUGACCAACAACAUUCUUUCUGCGGAGCCCCUGAGGGACUCAGGAGCCCAGUUAUGUCACCUCUUGCCUGCAGAGCUGGCUGCCUCUCACCCUUUUUUGAACUCUUCCCCUCUCUUUGGGAGUCCUCCAGGCAGCUGAUGCUGCCGUCCCUGGUCUCUAAAGAGGUGCCACCUCACACUGCUCCACAGGGGUCUAGGAAGCGCCUCCUGGCCAGCCCCAGAGGCACCAUUCGCUUGGGGUGAUUGUAGCCAGGGGUGCUGCAACAAACAGCUUUGACAACCUUUGGGGGAGGUAGAGAUGCAAGAGGGCAUCAGAGGGAAGGAAAGGGACAGAGGUAGGCCAGUAUUGCCUGCGAUACCCCUGACCAUCAUUCAAGGCACCCCAGGGUGCCACCGCACACUGGAUGAAAACCACUGCUAUAAAUAAAAAACCUAUUUCCGAUUUCUCUGCAACACAUUUCUUUAUCAUACAUAGGGUUUUUCCAACUAUAGCUAAAAACAAGGCAGGCAUUCCAGCUUCCUGUAGCAACAUUGUAGAUUUUGUAUUGAGUACAGGCACAGCAGAUUUUACAUUAGUAAAUUAGCUAGUACAAUCUUUGGGAGGCUUCAUUGAGGUAUGGUGUCACAUGUCACAAUUGUGUGAGCACAGAAGGUGGUACUGUGAAAUAGUCUUAAGAAUGUCAGCUUUCUUUUUGCUAAAGAGAAAAUGUUAAUCUUAAUGAUUGCAAAAGAUGCUUAAAAAUGUCACUAAGGCAUCCUGAAGCUUAAAAUGAGAGGUGUUGUCAAGCUUUCCAAGGUUUGGAAGCAGAAUGUCAGUGUCCUAAAGAGUUUAACUUGUGGUUUAGCUAGUCAGGGGGAAGCAGAGUAAGUUGGAGAAUAAGAACAUAUUUACAUAUCACUUAAUUAUUUCCAGCAUUCAUUUGUUCUUGAGAGAAUUUUAACUUUAUAGUGGCACAGA